AUGGUUGUUAUCAGGUGGAAGUUUCGAGGGCUAUGCCGAAGACUUAGAGAAUGUGUAGCUUGGAAAAUAUCGCAGGCUGUGUUAAUUUUCCGGUCUCUAACUUACAAUGAACACAUGAACCAAAGCUACGCAAUAGAUUUCUUGCUAGAACCUGUGUUUUGGUUUGUUGACAAUUUCGCUCAAUAUCUAGGAAAAGUUUUUGUCUUCUGUGUCACAGUACUGACCAGUGCUGUGGUAGGAGUGGCUUACUGGGUAGGGCUGCCAUACUGGUGGCAAAGAUGUCCCUACACAACAGUCUUUCUAGUCAUAUUUGGCAACUGGCUAUUAAUUAAUAUUAUAUUUCAUACUAUAAAGGAGUUGUUACUGAACCUGGAUACCCUCCACCAACGACUCAUGUUUCUGAAGCAGCUAGUAUAUGUCGACGCUGCAUAUCUCCAAGGCCUCCCCGUACUCAUCACUGCUCUGUUUGUGACCGGUGCAUCUUGGCCAUGGACCACCACUGCCCCUGGCUUAACAACUGCGUGGGCUACUACAACGCAAGAUUCUUCUAUCUGUACAUGGUGUACAUGGUUAUAGGCGUGACUUUUAUCAUUGUUGCCGGUAUCGACAUCGGAUACAAAGUGCUUUGGCUGAAUGAUACAGGUACUUUAAACCAUUUACUAAUGAUUACAUUUAUUAGACUAAGAACUCACGAAGCGAUUUUCAACCGCGCGGGUACAACCCGCUGGAAAAAUCGUCACUCUUAA